CUGCUGUUUGUUAUUAAUGUCACCACGCUAUAAUACUGUCUCUCUUUCUUUCAUUCAGGGAUCGAGAGAGUUAAUCUUUUGAAGGAGCCGGAGCAAAAGAAAAGGUGAGCUGCUGGAGAUUAAGUUAUGGACCUGCUUCUAGCUGAUGUUUUGUCUGCUAUGCCCUCGACAAGAAAAGGAGAGAAAGGACUGGUGACGAAUCACUUCGGUUACGUCUGUCGUAUGUGCCCCUACAAAGAAGGAGGAUUCCUGGCACUAUGUUACCCUAGUCAUCAGUCGGAGGAUGAUUGGAUUCGAUGGCAACGCGAGGAUUUGGGACCUUUCAACCGUGCGAAGCCCCCGAGUUUAAUCCGACAGAAGAGUCGUGAGCUAAAGCUUCGACUGUCAUCAGCUUUAAAUCCAUCCCCCCAACUUUCAUUCUACCAGCAGAAACGAAGUUGGAGAAGCACAAAGAAAGAAACAAAAGAAGAAGAAGAAGACGAGAAAAAAUCAUCUGGUGGCUGGGUCGCACGAUGAUGGCCGGCCGCAGCGGCGUGGUCCGCUCCAUCCUUCUCAUUGUCUACCUGUUCCUGCUGUCCUCCGGAGAUGCGGCGGAAUCGAAGGACUCGACCAAAGAGUACUCGAGGAUUCGUCAAUUAAGUGGAAAUCAAUACCAAAGUCAAUACGGUGUCGUGCAGGAUGUGGCCGAUUCUACGGUCGGACGUCGACCUCAACCGUCGACUUCUUCUUCUUCUUCUUCUUCGACGGCCAGCCGCCCUCUAUUUGCGUGGAAAGAAAUGGCCCUUGAGACAUCCGACAAGUUGCCGCCUGCCGUUUUGCCGGUCGCAUCUGAAGUAGUCCGAUCUGCCGCAAAUCAUCGGCGCAACGGCAAGUUGAGAGCGGCCAAACUGGAGCGGCAGCAGCUCCAGCUGCGGCAGAAGAAACCGCAGCAAAUUAAGAAGAAUGGCAAGUUGAAGAAGAAGAAGAAUCCUGCGGGCGGACUAUCGCGCUUGAAAUCGGCGAGUUUGCUGAAAAAGAGUUUGGAUAACGAAGAUGAAGAGGACGAGGGGCGGGAGGAAGGAGACGAGGAGGAGGGCGAGGAGGAGGAGGAAGAUGAGGAAGGAGGAGGCGAAGAGGAGGAAGACGAAGAAGGUGGCGAGGAGGAAGGCGAGGAACUUGAGGAAGACAAUGAAGAUCCUGACGCAGAGGAAGAUGAGGAAGUUAAUCCACGAACCAGAAAACCAACAACCACAACAACAACAACAACUACUACUACCACGACUACGCCGACGCCAUUGAUCAAUCUGGCAUCCGCCGAAACUGAAUUGGAUGUUAUCGACCGUCCGACUCCAUCCAGCGCUGCCGGUAAAGAUAGCCAAGAGGAAACGGAAGAAGAAGAAGAAGAGGAAGAAGAAAAGCCGUCGACUACAACGGCUAGUCCCGUUGCAACUGCCACAAUAGCAUCGUCGUCGUCUGGCUCUUCCGCUUCCCUCGAUCCUGAAACAAAUGAGAGAAAAUCUGAAAAGGCUGAUCCGGAUGAUGAGACGGAAGAAGAAGCAACGGAGGUUAUUGCUGAACGACGACCUGCUAAUCAGAUGGACGUCAUGGAAAGUAAGACAGAACAAGAAGGGGAGGAAUCGCCAUCGGCUGGGACAGCGGAUGACGUCAAGACGGACUUAAUAUCCGGAACCUCAGUGGAUGGUGACGUUCGGUCUAAUCAGACCGAUGCCGGCAAUUCGGCGAAAGAAGAUGAAAGAGCGGGCGCAGACGAUCGAUCUGAUGUAGGUGACAAGAUGCAGCCGACACAAGUCGACAAUCAGCCGACACGAUCGCAAGAGCCGGCCAAGUCGCUGUCGGCGGGCGGAUCUGAUUCUGACGAGGAGGAGACGACGAGCGGACAAGUUGAAGAAUCCAAAACUCGGAAGGAUCCCAUUGGCAGUCAGUCUAAUGUCAUCAGCGAGGAGAUCCUGCUUCCGCCGCCAGUGUUGGUGGAUCCAUCAUCAGCCGGAUCACAAGUUGAAUCCUCCGACGAAGAAGAAGAAGAAGACGAACGCGAUGAGGCCAAUGAAAUCCGAGCUCAAGUCCAGCCAGAAAUCAAAUCAGCUGGCGGAAGUCGGAGCGGAACGGGCGCAUCGACAUCUUCUCUGCCAUCCGACGGCGACGUUGAUGAGCAAAUCAACGACAUCAAACUGGAUUCAUUUGGUAAUGCAGUCAAAGCAGCGGCGGGGCAGGGCGACAACGACUCCGGCCUCAGCUCGGAUGAAGACGACGACGACGUCGAGGAUGAAGAUGAAGACGAAACCAACUUUCUGCCCGCCAUCGUUUCCGAUAGAAAAGAGAAGCCGGCGGUCGUCGAAGCGUCGCCGGGAGGACCGCAGAUAACGGACACCGGGUUGGCCGGAUCGGGUGACGUGGAAGACGAAACUAACGACAUCCUGCCAGAUGAUCCGGUCAAAACAUCCUUGAUGCCGUCCCUGUUGGGCGGGCGAGAAGGAGAAAAUGAAGAAGAAGAAGAAGAUUUCGUCGACAAUGAAAUCGAAACCAAAAUUGUCACAUCCGGCGAGUCGUCGUUCGCCGGCCAACACGAUCCCAAUCGAUUCCUGCACGGCCAGACGGAUCUGAAUCCCGCCGUCUUGGAUACCUCGUGUGGGCCGUCGACCCUCCUGCCCGUCAUCCCCAACGCGGUCGUCGCCAAAUACGGCAGGACUCGAUGGCCUUCGCCGCCCUUCAAUCUGCUGGCCGAGGUGAUUUUCGAGUGCCAAGACACGGAUGUCUACCAGCUGGAUCCGAUGCUACCCGAUCGCCUUUUCUGUUCGAAUCAGGAGUGGAUCGGACAACACCCGAAAUGUGUCACCAUCAAUCGCCAACAGCAGCCGCACUUUGCUUUGACAGACGGAGACGAGAAGGAACUGGUGAAUCGACCGACGUCAUCGAUAUCGUCAAAUGCAGUCAACGUCAGCUCGAGCGCUGGCCAGCGCGGAGUUAAUGAACAAAGUUGUUCCAACGAGGAUCGUGGGGGCUGCGAGCACGUCUGCUCACAGUCUGCCGAGCCAGACUCCAUUCGCUGCUUAUGCUACAGAGGCUUCCGGCUCAAUGCCGACGGAAAAAGCUGCGUCGAUGUCGAUGAGUGCGCGACGGCCAACGGUGGAUGUGACGGACAGUGUUCCAACCGGCCUGGCAGCUUUAUCUGCUCGUGCCCAGUCGGCUUCCGGUUGGCUUCCAACGGCAAGAAAUGCAUCGAUGUCAACGAAUGCUCGUUGCGCAACGGGCACGGACCCUGCCAGGGCGCCUGUCACAACACCCACGGCUCCUACUUUUGCAGCUGCGAGGAUAUGCCUGGAACUCAAUUGGCAGCCGACGGACAUUUGUGCGAAGAUAUCGACGAAUGUCGCGUCGACAAUGGCGGGUGCUCCCACUCGUGCCUCAACACCCUGGGCACGGCUUACUGUGCCUGUCCAGAAGGCUACAUGCUCACCGAUGACUGGAAAACGUGCGAAGACAUUGACGAAUGCGAUUACAGCACAGACGAAGAUGAUUCCGAUCGAUUGUGUCCCGGCAUUUGCCGAAACACGAUUGGAUCUUUCGUUUGCGUCGAUCCUGACGAGGAACCCGUACCCUGUCAGCCGGGCUACGACGAUGAAGAUCAAGACGGUCAUUGUCAUGAUAUUGACGAGUGUUCCCUGUCCAACGGUGGUUGCUCCCAUAUUUGCACGAAUACGGAAGGGUCUCACAAGUGCGGAUGUCCCUCAGGACUUUUCAUCGAAGCGGAUAACAAAACGUGCAAAGAUAUUGACGAGUGCGCAUCCGAUAAUGGCGGAUGCUCGCACACCUGUGUCAACGUUCCCAGCAGCUACAAGUGCACCUGUCCCGACGGCUACGCGUUGGACCAAGACUGGACGACGUGUCGGGAUAUUGACGAAUGCGCCGAAUCCCAUUUGCAAACGUGCGGAGCGGUUGGGACCUGCAUCAAUCUACCCGGCUCCUAUCGCUGUCUCUGUCCGGUCGGCUACGAAGAGACAACCACUGGCUGCGAUGAUAUCGACGAAUGUCUAAUGGAUCCCUGCGGAUCGGGAGAAUGCAUCAACAAGAUGGGAUCCUACACAUGCACCUGUCACGAAGGCUUCACGUUUGACAACCAGACCUGUCAAGAUAUCAACGAAUGCAGCGAAGGUGUUCCCUGUUCCGACGGCCUUUGUGAGAACACGGUGGGAUCCUUCAUUUGCUCCUGCAAGCCAGGCUAUUAUCUGGAGAACAACACAUGUUUCGAUGUCGACGAAUGCACCAAUUCGCCCUGCAUCGACGGCACAUGCGUCAACGAGCCGGGAUCCUAUCUGUGCCUCUGCGAACCGGGAUUCACGUUGGAGAGAAACGUUUGCAUAGAUUUUGACGAGUGUCUCAUUUCGCCCUGCAUCAACGCCACCUGCGUCAACCAGAUUGGAAGCUUCCGUUGCGAAUGUCCGGAAGGAUACCUCGCCCGCAAUAAUUCCUGUUUCGACGUGGAUGAAUGUCAGUCCAACCCGUGCGUCAACGGUCAAUGCGUCAACACUGACGGAAGUUAUUGGUGCCGCUGUCUGGAAGGUUUCAAAGCCCUUGGAAACAUUUGCUUGGAUAUCGACGAAUGCGAGACAGCGCCGUGUGUCAAUGGCGAAUGCAUCAACACGCAAGGAUCCUACCAGUGCGAAUGCCAUCCCGGAUUUUACCUCGAAGACGAUUCUUGUUUUGACGUUGACGAGUGUCAAGCGAAUCCCUGCGCCAACGGGACUUGUGUCAAUCUGCUGGGCUCUUACCAGUGUAAUUGUCCCCCCGGUCACAUUUUGGUGGAUUCCCGCAUUUGCCUUGAUGUCAACGAAUGCGCUACAAAUAAUGGGCAAUGCGAUCAGAAAUGUACCAACACACCCGGCUCCUACCAUUGUUCCUGUGAUCAGGGCUUCUUUCUCGAUCCCGAGGAUAACCGACAGUGCCUGGACGUGGACGAGUGCGACAUCAACAACGGCGGGUGCAGCCAAGUGUGUUUGAAUCGUCCGGGCAACUACAGUUGUGAGUGCCGCACCGGCUACAUUCUGUCGGUCGACAAAUCCAGCUGCCUGGAAGUCGUUUCGGCUGUCACUCACUACUGCCCAGUCAUUGAGCCUCCACCUGGCGGCUACUUGCAUUGUUCAAGUCGGCCCGGCAGCGAUGGAUACAAGCCCGGAACUACUUGCACUCUCCGCUGUCGCAAGGGCUACGCGUUCCGCCGUCAUAAGCCGCAGUUGACCUGGCAAGCCAACCAGGUGUUCAACAACCCGGCCACUUUGCUCGAAGAGAAAAGCAUCAUGCUCUCCAACCGGCAAUCCAGCAGCGGAUUGGCCAUGCUCCAAGGCUGGAAAGCCACUCAAGUCCGUCCGCCGGCUCAUCAAGAUUGGCAAACUAGCGCUAAAAAUAGUUCAGAGGAAGCCCACAAAAAGUUGAAAGGAAAACAUAACGGUAAGAAAAACGAGAACGACAAGAGACAACUGGCCGUCGGUGGAUCGACUGGAUCAGCUGCUGAGCAGCGCGCAACUCGCAAAGGUCGCCAACGAUCAACCGGCCAAGGUGAGAGAAUCAAACGACAACAACAACAUCAACAACAACAACAAGGAGGAGGCCGUCGUGAAUUCCCGGAUCAGCCAUUCCGUCGCUGCGGAGACGACGGCAAAUGGAAAGGAAAGUUGGGAUUCUGUCAAGCUCUGACAUGCCCGCCACUAACCAAGCCAGCCAACGGAAGCGUCAGCCCGCUUUCGUGCGCCACAGGCGACGCCGCCCCCAAUCAGCUCUGCUACUUCACAUGCGAUGCGGGCUUCCGCGUCACGGGUAAUCCCGUUCGCUCUUGCUUGCCCAGUCUGAAAUGGAAUCCUCUUAGACCGCCGCCUGCCUGCGAAAAAGAAUUAGCUUCAAAGGUAACGGGUAACAAACAAGCCAAUCAUAGGCCGCGGAACAAUACGAUCCGAGUGACGGUCCACAACCGGACAACGACGGCAAGUGCUGCCACCUAUGAGACGUCGACUGAACCCGCCCCCAAUCCCAAACCUCCUACUACAACAACAACAACACAUACAAAAACAAAAAAACCGUCUGCCACUACUACUACAACCAGUCGGCAGCAACAGGAACAAUUUCAAGCUGAAAUCGAUUACGAGCAAACGGCUUCGUCGUCACUGUUUGAUCUGUCCCUCGUUGAAUAUUCCCGGCCCAAAGUUGUCGAUCGAAACAACUUUGGGCACUUUGCUCCAGUGCAUCCGUGGCCACGCAUCGAGUGCCCGAAGGACAUGACAAUUGAUCUUUCACCGGGAAAGCGGACCAUUGAGGUCUUUAUCCCGCAGCCGGCCACCAACGUCGAUUACACGAGUCACGUCGAAGCCGAGCCCAGCUGGGCCAAGAAGUUGCGGGCCGAAUUAGGACCCAUUCGGAUGGUCAUAUCGUUCAGAGCCAGAAAUCCGGUGACGGAAUACACGGCAAUCUGCUCCUUCGUCCUGGAAGUUCGAGACAGAGAAGCCCCGACGGUGAAGAACUGCCCUCACGAUGUCCACGUCCGCCUCAGCUCGCUGGAACCGUACGCCAACGCGCCGUGGGCCGAGCCCGUCUUCAGCGACAAUAUUGCCGUGACGCACGUCAUCAAAUCCAAAGAGCCCAACUCGCUAUUUGCUUUGGGUGAGCACGUCGUCACCUACACGGCGUCGGACGCGGCCGGCAAUAGCGCCAGAUGCCAAUUCACCGUCAACGUUUCACCGGAAUUGGUUCCAUCCGAGUACAACCGGAGUGAAUCCUGCGCCCGACUGGAAUCGCCGCCCAACGGCGAUCUCAACUGCCUGUCGUGGACCUGGGGUCAAAUGUGCCGGCCGUCCUGCUCGGUGGGCCACGUCUUUUUCCGACCGCUCCCGUCCGCCGUCUACCUGUGUGGUCGUGACCGAAGGUGGAAGCCCGGCACAUCUGUGCCCGACUGUGCUCCGACUUCAAUCAUACCGGAAGGUGGUUGCAUGGCCGGAUGGGAGGAGCGACGAACCGGAGGGAAACAAUGCGUGGGAUGCGCUCCCGGUCUACACCGGCCGCUCAAUUCGACGGUUUGCAUUCCGUGCCCGAUGGGCACGUACCAAGACAACUUCUCGGCGGGUAGCUGCAAAUCGUGUCCGAAGAAAUUGACGACUUGCUCGAUGGCAGCCAGGCAGUGCACCGACUGCAAACCGCCGGAAGAGUGCUCGCCGGGCUCGUCUCUCUCGCGGAAUUUUGUCGGAGGUGACGUCAAUUUCAGUCCCUCCUCCUCGUCGCCGUCGAAAUUGCCGGCACUGACGGGCCAGCGACGGCGGCAACAGCAACUCCAUCAGCAGCGGCAGAUGCGACUCCGCCAGCAGCAGCGCCACCGCCAAAAUAACAGUUCCAGCACGACCACAACGACAACGAACUUUCGUCGAGUUUAAAAACAAAAA